UUUCAGCCAAUUCCCCAGAGCAUAGGUGGGGAGCUGAGCUGGGGCUGCCAAUUCCUGAUUAGACUUUACUCGCAGCUUCAACUUUCAAAUCCACCCAGAGAAGAGAAAGAUGUGGAGUUUUAAACUUACGCUAGUGAUGUUAGUAAUAGAGUCGUUGGAGAUGGGCCUAAAUACCAUAAGCAAAGCAGCCAUGAGUAGAGGGAUGAGCAACUUCGUCUUUGUUGUUUACUCUAAUACCUUUGCCAUUCCCUUCCUUCUUCUUUCAUGCCUUCUCUUUCACAGAAGAAAACCCCCUCCUCCACUCACCACUUCCAUCCUCUGCAGAAUCUUUGUUCUUGGCCUCAUCAGUUGUUCAAUACAGAUGUUUAUGUAUGUUGGAAUAAGGUAUAGCUCUCCAACCUUAGCCUCAGCCAUGACUGAUCUGGUCCCUGCUUUUACCUUCAUACUUGCCAUCAUUACCAGGAUGGAAAAUCUAGACUUGAGAGUCCGCAGUAGUCGCGCCAAAUCUAUUGGCACCAUAAUGUCCAUCACAGGAGCACUCACUAUGACGAUGUAUGAAGGUCCUCCAGUUGCGUUCACCUCAUUAACUUCUACCAAACUCAAUGGAAAUGUUACGUUGCCACAAUCAAACUGGGUUAUGGGAGGUAUUCUCUCUGCAAUUGCUGCCUUCAUGCUUGCAGUUUUGUUUGUUUUCCAGACCUCCAUUAUUAGAGCCUACCCUGCAGAGCUGAUGGUAACACUCAUUUGUUGCACCUUCGUGGCCAUGCAAUCUUCCAUAGUCUCUCUGAUGGCAGAAAGGAAUCCAAGCGCAUGGAGAUUAAGACCAGACAUAGAGUUGAUAGCUAUUGUAUACUCAGCAGUUCUUGUAGUUGGACUUCGAAGUGUUGCUUCUGCAUGGGUAAUGCGCAGAAAGGGGCCUUUCUUUGCAGCCAUGUUUAAGCCAGUUGGGAUCAUAAUUGCAGUUGUGAUGGGGGUCACUUUUCUUGGAGAUACUCUCUAUCUUGGAAGUGUGGUUGGAGCUGCUAUAAUAGCUAUUGGGUUUUAUACAGUGAUGUGGGGGAAGGAUAAAGAGGAGACGCUACUUGAAGACGUCCCAGCCCAUGGCAUGGAAUCAUCCUCCCACAACGUCCCUCUUUUGCAAAACAAAACUUUCCAGGCUUAGAAUUCUGGUAGGAAGCCAUGUUACACACUUACGCCCUGAAUUUGUCUUAAGCAAGUACUUUCUGAUAGCUGAUUUAGCAUGUGAUGUACAAUUUUCUUCUUAGUUAUUUGUUAACCAUCUUCCCUUUUUUUAAUCAAUAUUUUGUAGGAAAUUUUAUUUUAAAUAAUAAAAGAAUGCAAUAUGUCGGGCUUUGUGGA